AUGGCACGUUCUUCCCAGCUGUUCGAAGCAGCCUCGACGGGACAAUGUCGCUUUUCAAAGUCGUGGCAGGUGCUCAAGUUUUUUCAGGGGCUUUUGGGCCUCUGCCGCCCGACCUGGGACGCUUUGCAGAUGCCGGCGCCGCUGGAGACGGCGGGUACGACGGCUGCUCAUCUCUUCCUUGCUUGUUGGGCGGCAGCAUGCAGCUGGGAUAUUGGCUUUUUGGCCCUAGAUCGCUGGAGUCAGGAAUCCACAUGCCGUCCAGCAGAGGCGACGGCAGCAAUGGACUUACUGAGACCACUUUUUGGAGAGGUGUCGUCGCUCUUCGGCCUCUUCACCCUGCUGCAGGUUGUCGACAUCGGACCAGACGGGGAGGAGAAGAACAAGGCCAAAGCGGACAUUGUCAAUCAGACGCAGAUCCGGUUGCGUGCGAAUGGUUCGUCUUGUCCGGUUUGUUUGGAAGACUUGGGACCAGAUGCAGACAGGAUUGUUGUUGCUCCAUGUUCGCACGCAGUGCACUGGAGCUGUUAUGCUUCAGCUGUGCGGGCGAAGACGUUUCAAGCCGGGCGUUGCCUGAUGUGCAGAAAGGUUGCCUCUUGGUCCAACAUCACUAUCUCAAGACUACUUCGUGAUUUCCAAGGAUUUCUUGCCCGGACAGCAGCAGAGGAAGACUGGGGGUCUUGUGAUGAAAUUCCUCGGGAAUUUCUGGUGGCAUCUGCUUGUGCGGACUUGUCCGAGCAUUUGCCUCUGCUACACGAAGUCUCGAUGUCGCUGGAAUGCUUCUCGGCUCUGUACGUGGCGCAAAAGAUUGAGGUUACGCCUUCGGGAGCAUGGAUGGUUGCUCAGGAGCUGUCUGCUGAGAAUGCUUCAGGGCGCGGGCCCCUUGCUGGGCCAGGUGCAGAAGCAGUCGGCACGCGCCCAGCCUCCGUGAGGCUUCCCGUCGGAUCCUUGUUGGUGUCUGCGUCCUCGGCGGAUGGCAGUGUUUGCCUCAACGAGAUCGAGAUGCAGAAUGCGGCAGCAUUCCAGCCCAUGUUACUGUUUGAGAUCCUGCGUGCGGCCAAUGGCCUGUUCAUUUGGCGUGUUCCGCUUCCGAUGCAUUUGUUUUGGAAUGAGGAGUUCCAGUCCAAGCUUGAAGUCCGCGGCGUGCAUCUUUGCCGGGAGAAAGUUUUGGACUUGCUGCGUCAUCCCCAAGCUGAGAUGUUCGGCCGGCAUCAGUCUGCCACCGAGAUGCCAUAG